UUAAUCACUUCUGGGUUUUUUAUUUUUUUCUUAAACAAACCAAAAACUACAGAAAAUUUUGAAAAAAAAAUUUUUCUUAGUUUUUGUUAUAAAAUUUUGUACAUAAGUGAUUUUUCUCCUUCACUGAUGUGCGCUAAUGAGGCUGCAGUGAUGGGCACUUAUAGGCUGCACUGAUGGACACUGAUAGGUGGCACUGGUAGGUGGCACUGAUGGGAUGGCACUGUUAGGUGGCACUGACGGGCACUGAUAGGC